GAGCGCUGUUCUGUUUGAGUUCUACUGCGAGCCCGGACGGACCCUACUACUAUCCUUCCGUGGAAUAUGCACCCCUUGCCUAUAGAGAUCAUUGAACUCGUUAUUGACUUCUGCGCUGCAUAUCCCACGUCUUUCGGUAACGCAGAAGAGCUACACGAGGAUCGUCGGGAGACCUUGAGAGCAUGUGCUCUGACCUGCAAGACGUGGUUACCUCGUAGUCGAUUCAAUCUCUUUCGACACGUUGAGAUAUCUCCGGAGCACUCUUCGGGAAUAUUACUCGAUACGCUUCGCACGAAUCCCCACUGCGCUUCGAAUGUUCGUGUUUUGGAGGUUCUCGAUCCACUUUUCUCCUCUGGCUUUGUUUUACUAGCGGAGCGUCUUCCGCGGCUAGAAUGGCUACACCUGUAUUGCAAGGAUGCCCAUCGUAACAACUUUUUCUUCAUGUCUAUGACGCAGUUUUCUUCGAUCACCUUCCUUACGCUUUCGUUACCUUGGAGUGCCACUCACAUCAUGCGACUUUUGGCUUGUUUUCCUCAUCUAACCUAUUUGAACUGUGGUCCGGACUUCUGCAAAGCACCAAUUUCUCAUCCCGUUUCACACUACAAACCGACAUUUUCCUUGGCAUGCAUUGUUCUUAACUUGGUCUCCUCCGUAGAUUUUUCAUCUGAUGAUGGACCUAAACCAUUCUACCUGUACAGCAUACUUCCGCGACUUGCUCCGGCGGUUUUCUCCUGUUUGCGCGUUUGCGUUCUCAUUCUGCCAGAUAUCCGGAGCGCAGCAUUGAAGACGAAUGAUUGGUUGUUGCCUCUUCUCGCCGUUGCAGGCCCCUCCAUUCACGAGCUUGACUUAGACUUCUGGAGUAUUGAAGAAAAUCCGGUUGCUGCAAAUGACAGUUCUAUAUUUAUAUCUCUGCGGCAUAACAUGAACUUGCGCAGAUUGUGCGUACGGUUGAAGGAGAGCAACGCCAUCAAUAUACUCGAUUUGUAUGAGCUGUUGUCCACCGUUGUGUCCACUGCUCUCGUGCACAUCGAUAUCUGCAUCACUUCAUUAACACGCUCUGCGAAUGAAGACGUCGAUCAUACUUUCUGGCAGGCACUAGACAACCUUCUUAAGCAACGUCGUUUCCGAUCUUUACACACGUUCAAUAUCGUGUGCAACGACCAUGAUCGCAGGAUAUUGGAGAAAACUCUUUCUUCCGUGAAGUUGAAUAUGAAUAGGAUUCUCACAAUCUGUGGUCCUUUUGAACCUCCGGUCAGGCGAUGGACUCGUCUUCAUGGGCACUGAGUUCCUAUGCCAUCGAGUCUCAACAAGCCCGAAAAAGAGCCGAUUACGUUGAAAGCGAUCCUUUGCAGCGGAUCUGGAGGACAGUCCAGUUGCCCUUAGUAGGGUUGGUGUAUUGUUUGUAUAUGUGUUAGUGUGUUCGAAUCAUCCUCCGUUACCCGUGCUGCAAAUUGAUUGACGUUCUUUUAUCUUAAGCUGGGUUGUCAUUCCCUCUUUCGACACGUUGAAAUAUCUCAGGAUCCCUAUUCAAGAAUAUAAAUGGAUAUAUGACUACUGUACUUCUGGUUAGAGAUGUAUCUGAAAACACAAUGUCCGGAGUCCUUGCAUAACACACACUGAAUGCCAUGUGUACAGUAGCAAUAGAAUCGUUGGAGGGUACAGUAGUAUGAACACUUGUACAAGGCCUGAGAGUACCGCACAAUUAGUAUCUUUCCAGUGCUAGAGG